UCCGCCCACUCCGUUACGGCAGCAAUUUUUUUCUUAAGUCGUGCAAAUAAAAAUUAUUAACGUAAAUAUUAUGAAAGGAUCGUAUCUUUCUCUAUGAAAAAUAGAUAAAUUAACACCUCUUCCGUUGAUUUCUUGCAAUAUAUAUGUAGAUCUGCGCGGACGGUGCUGAAGUACUAUUUUUCAUUUUUUUGUAGGUUAUAGUUUUUUUGUCACGUGAUGAAGAACUGUUUUGGUCAUGUGAUCAAAACAAGCGUGCUCAUUUUCAUACGCUUUGUUUUUGUUAUAAAAUAUAGAUAACGACAAAUAUAUACUUAAGCAAAGUAUUUUUUGAUAAAGUUAAAUUUCAGAAGCUUUCUGAAAGUUAAACAGACUUGAAUUAUGUAAAAUCUAUGGAGGACAUGGAACUACUUGUUCUUCGGUUUCGGAUAAGAAAUUUCGUCCGUAAAUUUGUGGUAUGGUAAAUCUGUGGUCACGCUUCGCUGCCCACAAAAACGAAUAGAUGUAAAUCAAAGUCUGUAUUAUACUAAGUGGAACUUUGAUUUCGUAGUUAUCCUUUUCCUGGAAUACUUUCAAUAAUAUCUAUGAGCAAGUUUAUAACAAAUAGUUCUUUGUAAUAAAGGAGUUAAUGCUCGUAUUUGCCUAAUAUUAAAAUAAAGAUGGAGGUAUGCAAUAAAAAGAGUCAUUUUAACAAUAGGUUGAAAUGUGAUGUAUUCAGCUCUUUUUGGAAUUUACUAGGCUUGGUCACUGCUUCGCAUGGACCAGGUGUAGUAAAAUCCACUAGAAGCGAAUAUACCAUCCCGUAUACCUGGUAGACAGUAAUUCAACAGUUGAUAGUUGUUACUGACGGUCGUUGAUUUUUUUCCUCUAAUAGACAUAACCAUUCCAGGAAAAUAGUUUGAAAAAAAAAGAUAUACACCAUACUUGAUUGGAAAAGAUUAAUAUUUUAUAAUGUGAUACCUUAUAUGUUGGUAUUCAUUUUAAACUAAUUUUAUAUGUGUCUUGCUGUUGAGACUGAACCAUUUCUGCAAGACCUUUAAAUAGUAUAUCAACAGUGUCUUGAAGAAUAAGAAAGUUAUAACUGACAUAACAUUAGUCUGUUUUCGCUCAGUUUCUGCUAUAUACUCUGUCUUAAAGCAUUUUAAAAGCUAAUGAAAGUCUACACGUAUAUACAUGUAUUUUAACUUUCAUCUAAAUGCCGAUAUAGCAAAAAGUUCUGUUUGUAAUAUUUUACGACCACAUACAAAGGGUUUUUUUUAAGUAUUAAAAUCCAUCUGUGAAACAGCUGAAGGUGUUUGACUAUAUUUAGCUUGAAAUUCUUUUGAAAAGAUAAAGCUUUUUACUAUAUAAUUUUUCAUAAAAAUACUAUUUUACUCAAAUUAAGUUUUGAUUUCAAUAUUUUGAUUUUAUGUAUUAGUAUAUAUAUUUUGCAGGUAUUACUAUACUAUGAUAUCGAAAACCGUUAUGUCCAAUAUAGAAAUUGAAUACAUGUACAUACAUGCAUGUGACUGUAACCUUUUUCUUCAGCUGCAUUCAAUAUUAACGAUUUAUGUCUAUCUAAAUGAUAUUAUGAAUUUUAUUUGUUUAAAUCUCACUAACAUAUAUGUAGCAUUCUAUACAAUUGCAUUUUUAACUUACUUUUACUAAAAUUUUAUGAUAUUAAGAAUAAAAGUGAAAGUUGGGAUUUGUCGGUUUUGUUUAAUUUUUAGAGAUGUCAAAUACUUCCCUAUGUUCAUGUCAUUUAGAUUUAAAACAACAUUUUAAUUUAUAAUAAAGUUUUGUACUACAAACUACUGUGAUUAAUAGCUAGCUUAUAGGUUAGGGUGGGUACGUGUUGUUGGUGCGUAAAACAGACUGUACUAUAAAAAUGGCUAAUUCAACAUAUUUUAAGAAGUUAUUUAAACACAUGUACACAUUACAUACAACGCAUGCCAAAUGGAUUAUUUACCCAAUGCCAAGAUCAGUAUCUUGCAUGACUAAUGAGUUCAUACACAUGUUUUAAAGUUGGUAAUUAUAUAAAUUUUGUGUUUGUUUCAAUUGUUUUUAGUAUUUAACUUUUAUUUCUGGACCAUACAGUCUACUCAUAAUUUUGCUUAAGACGAUGCUACGUGCUUGAGGGGUGUUCACUGUUUUAUUGCUUCUUAACGAAUCUUCAUUAUUUAUAUAAUGUAGUUUCUGGUAUUAUAUUGUUCUCAUGCGUAAUUGAUAAUGUUUAUUUCUUCUCCUCUUGCAAUCAGGUAAUCAAAAACAAUAAACUGAGGUAGGUAAUUAAUGCACUAGGAUACAACAGAAAAUUACAAAACCAUUGAAUUGAUGGCUUUCUGAUAUAGCCCGUAGUCUUAGAACCGAACAUUCAGUUCACCGAAGGCUUUCUUAACCUUUACCCUGCUAAGUUUCUAAAAUCGACUUAUUCAUCAUUUAAUUUCGGCAUUAUGUCCUCUUAUUCAAAGGGUGUUCACUAAACUUUAUUGACUGAAUCGCAAACAGUGCAGACCAUGAUCUUGUUUUACACUGGUCGCAAAGGCAAAACCACGUGUUCAGUUACUAGUAAUCAAAUACAUAUGAUUUCUUUCAAAAUGAAUUAUUUCUUAACGCUGUUAGCGACAUGGUAUUUUUAUUUGUUGGAACUUCUUUCAGAAUGAAAUUUAGCGUAAGGUGCUACCAAUAAAAUAUGUGGCAAAGACCAUUUGGAAUCAAAGAAUGCAACCAAGCAACAUAUACAAAUGUAUGUAAUAGCAGACACGAUUUUACUGAGUCUGUUCAAGAGAGGUAAUAAAAUGUGCAACACCACUCGCCCACUUACAAUAGCUUAAGCGUAAUUCUAUUAUAGUAAAUAAAAUCUGUAAGAAGAUCCUUUGGAAGCAGAGAAUGCAACCAAGCAAAAUAAUAGCAGACUGAGUCUGUUCAUGAGAGAUAGUGGAAAGACCAGUAGUGCAAACUAAAUUUGUACUUUCUGAUCCCUAAUGACCAGAAAAUAUAAUAACAAUGAGUCUAAGUACGGGAAGACUUUUUACAGCCGCCUCUCCACAUUUAAACACUGCAGCUGUUGUGAUAGUAAAUAAAAUCUCUAAAAAGAUCUUUCUGAAGCAAAGAACGCAACCAAGCAAUAUAAUACAGACUCGGUUUGACUGAGUCUGUUCAUGCGAGGUAAUGAAAUGUGCAACACCCCUCAAAAGUUCCGAUUUUGCGGAAAAGAUGAUGCCAUUAAGCGACAAUACAGUGAUUCUGGUGAUAUAGUUGUAUUUCAUUAAUAUGUAUCAUGCUCUUUUUAUCUUUCUUCUUAUGCCCCCGGCAUCUACUGAUGCGGGAGGCAUAUAGUGAUUGUCCUGUCCGCUCGUUCAUUCGUUCGUCCGUCCGUACGGGGUUAACCAAAUGGGACCGUUUCGUCUAGCAUCAAUACCCCUUACUAGACUGACUUGAUACUAAUGCAGAUGUAACCUGUGACCAUUCCUCAUCUGCAGACAUCACCUGACCUCAGUUUGAUCUUGACCAUGACCUCAUUUUAGACUUAGGUUGCUUUAUAUGGGCCAUCUCUUGGUUAAACAAAUGGGACCGUUUCGUCUAGCAUCAAUACCGCUUCGAGAAUGAAUUGAUACUAAUACAGAUGUAACCUGUCACCAUUCCUCAUCUUCAAACAUCACCUGACCUCAGUUUGACCUUGACCUCAUUUUGGACUUAGGUUGCUGGGCCAUCUCUUGGUUAACCAAAUGGGACCGUUUCGUCUAGCAUCAAUACUGCUUACAAGAUUGAAUUGAUACUAAUACAGAUGUAACCUGUGACCAUUCCUCAUCUUCAAACAUCACCUGACCUCAGUUUGACCUUGACCUUGACCUCAUUUUGGACUUAGGUUGCUGGGCCAUCUCUUGGUUAACCAAAUGGGACCGUUUCGUCUAGCAUCAAUACUGCUUACAAGAAUGAAUUGAUACUAAUACAGAUGUAACCUGUGACCAUUCCUCAUCUUCAAACAUCACCUGACCUCAGUUUGACCUUGACCUUGACCUCAUUUUGGACUUAGGUUGUUUUAUAUGGGUCAUCUCUUGGUUAACCAAAUGGGACCGUUUCGUCUAGCAUCAAUACCGCUUACAAGAAUGAAUUGAUACUAAUACAAAUGUAACAUGUGACCAUUCCUCAUCUUCAAACAUCACCUGACCUCAGUUUGACCUUGACCUCGUUUUGGACUUGGGUUGCUUUGUAUCGACAAGGAUGCCACCGGGGGCAUCAAGCGUUUAUUGAACGCACCUCCUUGUUUCUUCUUCAAGUCGUCACUGCUGUGUAUGUGUUACAUUCACAAUCGGUAUUUAUAAUCUUUUGACAAGCAAGUGGCAGUUUCGCUCCUGCAUAUUAUCUCUUUAAACAUUUUAAACAAUUUCAUUUCUUGAUUUUCUUGCGUUUUAAUGUCUCUGUCAUAGCCUGAUCCAAAGUGUCUAAUUGAAAACCACAUGUCUCGAUUUGUGUUACACAUACGUUUUGUUUGUAAAUUACCUGUUAAAAUUCUUAUGUUGUGUCCAACGAUAUUCAGAUCUGCUGUAUCUACUAAGGUAUCAGUCACGCUAUUUUUUUGUUUGUGCUUCUGCAUGUCGUAAAAACAACCCAUCUUACCUAUUAUCUUUUGUUUCCGACCGACGCUACCAUUUUAUAUUAAAUAGUUUAGAUAUAAAUGUGCCCGUUGCCUGUAUACUUGCGAGACUAGAUUAUCUAGCAUUUAGUUUUUGGCUCGACUUUUCGAAGAAAAAGUAGAGCUAUUGCACUCGCCCCGGCGUCGGCGUCGCCGUUGGUAAAAGUUUUUGAUAAAUUCAAAUAUCUCUGUUACUAUCAAAGCCAUUGACUUGAAACCUAAAAUAGUUAUUUACUUGCAAAAUUUACACCAGGAGAAACAAUCCCCAUAAGUCUGAUUUGAAUUCAAGUUCAUAGAGGUAUGUCCCUUUCUAACAUAGAUUUGUUUUGUUAAAGUUUUUGAUAAAGUCAAAGUUCUCUGUUACUAGGCUAUCAAAGCUUUAGAUCUACACCAGGAGAAACAAUCCCCAUAACUCUGAUUUGAAUUUUGACAGAGUUAUGCCACUUUUUAACUUUUUGGUUAAAGUUUUUACUGGCAAAGCUCUAAUUCACUGAGAACAGUCAAGCGUGCUGUGUUACGGACAGCUCUUGUUUAAUUAAGAAAUAAUAUAUCUCAUCCAGUGAUUUGUCGUUGAAUAAAUCAUUGUUUGGAGUUCAGAUGCGAAGGAAUUCUAUCACGAGGGCGCAGCCCGAGUGGCAUAAUAAUACGCAUCUGAACGACAAACAAUGAUGACAUUCAUUAAAUAUUUGCCCGUUUUCAAUCGGUUUCUUUUCCAGCGCGCCGCUAUGCCGUUUAACGCCAUGACGUAAUAAUUGUGACGUCAGAACAGUGAUUUGUUGUAUAAUAAUUCACCGUUUUCUGCCUUCUUUGUUUAAUAGGAAAAUGAAUCGGAUCGUGUUAGAAUAAAUCAUCGGCUACCACGACAUCCGUCGACAUGAUCGAAACCGACACCUUAUGAUACUUACAUCGAACGUUUAUGAAAUAAAGUCUAUGAGAAGAGUCUUUGGAAAUACAAUCUGUGAAAAGACUCUUUUACUCAUAGAACGCAACCAAGCAACAAAUAGCAUACUGGGUUUGAUUGAAUGCAACCAAGCAAAAAAAAAAAAAAAAAAAAAAAAAAAACUAAGUCUGUUCAUGAGAGGUAAUGAAAUGUGCAAUACCCUUCACACCCAUUCAGCACCGGCUUACGCGGAACUCUAUUACACAGAUAUUGAAUGGACUCCAAGAUACCAAACAAUCAGAAAAUAAAACAACACUGAAUACAAAAACCGGGAGACUUUUAUCGCCGCUACGGCACUUGAAGAAUGCUGUUGUGAUAGUUAGAAAAAUAUAUAAGAAGAUCUUUUGGAAGCAUAGAAUACAACCAAGCAAACUGUUAAUAGACUCAGUUUGAUUAAGUCUGUUCAUGAGAAGUAAUGAAAUUUGCAUCCCUAGAACCGGAUUAAGCGAUACUCUAGUACAAAAGUAUUGAAUUGACAUUAUAAUCGCAAAUGACUUUGCGAGUUUUCUCGUAAAUGACGCGAAUCGGUAUGAUGUUCAAAGUAAAAUACAAGACAUUUGGCUUUCAGUAGUUCCACGUUGAAUUGUUAAGGAACUGGCUGCGACUUUCAAACACUCGUUUAUUCAUACAAAUUAUCUUUCAUUACGUCAUUUGAUUUCUUUAUACCGCUUACGUUUAUAUCACAGUAUCACCAACUUUAUCAUUCAUAUUUGCGUGCAUUGUGUCAUCGGGUUUUUUUUCUAAUGAAAAGUGGUAACAAUAAUAUGUUCAGCAAUGACGAUGUUAUCCCAGAACUUUUCUUGAGCAGUUUCGGAUGUCUCAUUAUUUCUUUUUGACUGAUGCUCAUUCAUUUUCUGAUAUUGUUUUAACACUGCUUAUGUUGUUUUAAUAUGUUGUAGCAUGGCCAUGUCAUAUUGCAUGAAAGUUUUAAGUUUAAAUGAAAUGAUAUGUACGUAUUUUACUUACUGUCAUAUUCAAAUCUCUAAUAUAUGGUUUAUUAUCUUAAGAGGUAUUUUUAUCUUUAUUGUAGAAAUAUACAUGAUAAUGUAGCUAUGCAUAUCUAAGAUUUGUUUUGUACCAACAGAUCUUAAGUAACUUUUGUUUUGUAUUUUACAUUUAUAGCACUUUCCGUUGGAUUGUAAGACUUCUCUCAUUUCGGAACACAUCUGUUUGCUUUGUACUUGAAUUAUUUGUUCAGCUUAUGUACAAUUAAAAUCUGCAUACCUUCUAAUUUGUUAGUGAUUCAUGAAAGCAUACACAUCAUAUCAUAAUAUAGAAUAAACGUAUUCCAUGUUUCUGACAAAUUAUGCUCUAUUUGUUAAUCUCAGUAUGGCAGUUGGGAAGGUUUAUAAAAUUACUAUACCCACGCAUUCAUGAUUUUCUUAAAUACACUCCGCCAUUUGCAUGCAUGUCUUGUUUUGUAUUAACCUGUAAAGAAUGCAAUAAAAUAUGAUUAAAUAAUAAAAAGGUAAGACCAAAUUCAAUAUCCGCCGUUUGUGCAUCGCAAGAGCUGACUGACAGAAUGUUUUUUUUUAAAUAGCUAAAGAAUCCACAUUCUAAUUUCGUUUUAGGUAGUCGUUCGGUAGAUAUGAAGUAAUUAUAAAAGGUAAAUGGAUCUUGUCUUGAGGGUGGUGUGAAAAUACGGGAAUGCUGCUUUACAACCUUUACAACCUUUAAUAUAGUAUCUUAAAUCUUGAUUAUUUUAUACAUUUCAAAUGUUAUCUAUUAUACUCAAACCUCAAAUGUUUAUCUAUUUUACUUGAUAUCAACUGUUUACAUGACUAAAUAGAAGCUGACGACAAUUACUUGUACGGAUUUAAUUACUGCAUCGUGAAGUGAAAGCAGUGUAAAAAUGGCAACAUACGAACAAAUUGCUUCUUCCGAAGACGAUUAUGAUUUUAUCUGCACUCCAUGUAAGCAACGGGAGAUGAUUUCAGAAGCAAAAAAGUUUUGUGUGGAAUGUGGAGAGUAUUUUUGUUCGACAUGCUUGUCGUUUCAUGAGCAUUUUGGUGCAACGAAAGGACAUACAUUAAUUAACUGCCAGGAUGUUUCAACUGGUCGUGUAGAGACACGUUUGGAUAAAUGUAAAGUUCACAAUGACAAGGAGGAAGACAUGGUUUGUGGCGAACACAGUAUCGUCUGCUGCCGAGUUUGCAUAGCUACAUAUCAUAGGUUAUGUCAAAGAGUGGAUUACUUACCCCACGCUGCUCAAAGCUUUAAAGAAGGCAAAAAUUGUGUCGAAUUGGGCAAAAAUGUAAAAAGAAAAAUUGGAAUAAUACAAAGGUCAUAUAUAGAGUACAUGACCCGUGCGGUUCAACUUAAAAUGAGAAAAAAGACACUUUUGAAACGGUUGGAAGAGUUCAGAAUGUCAACGACAGAAUUAAUUGAGAAUCUUGUCAACGAAGCUGAGAAAGACAUUGAAGACACUUAUAAACCGGAGAUGUCUGGUACGCAGAAACAUAUUGAAAACACCGAAAAGCUCCUUUCAAAGCUAAAUACUCUGUCAGAAGAUUUUGAAAAUGACAAGGAUCCUAUUCUUGUUUAUAAGAAUGCAUUAGAAUGUAAACGCACACUUAAGGAUACGCAAUUUAAGCCUGACGCGCUUGACAAGAAAAUGGCAGUGAAUGAUAAAGCUUUGUCCCGGAUUUCAGAUACUGUAAAGAAGUCGUUGAACAACGAUCGAUAUUUUGGUGUUAUUGACGUUGAAGGACUAGGGGCUAAAAGUGACGUCCCGAACAUGUGCGUGCUAUCUGAUGGUAGCUACUUUUUAUCCCAUUUCCACGGUAAUAAAAUAAUUCACAUCGAUAACAAUCUGAAAGGUGUAGACGCGUUUGAUGCCGAAAGCUGUGUCUGGGGACUUUGUGCUAUAAACCAAAAUGAAAUUGCUUUUACAAUGCCAAUAAUUAAGAAAGUGCAGUUUUUAACCUAUGAUAAGAAGCCAGUCUUAAAAACCAGUUUCUCCACAAAGGUGUUUUGUCGCGGAAUAGCAUAUUGUAAUGAAAACAUAUAUGUAACUGGUGGUGAGUUUCAGGAUGUGGAAUCGGCACAAAUAAAUAUUUUUGAUUUGAAAGGAAGAUUACUUAACACUUUAGAAAAUUGUUCUUACGACAAAUAUUUCCUCAAGAUCCCCAGAUCUAUAAUUGUUAACACUGACUAUAUAUAUGUAACGGACUGUUGUAUCGGUGUGAUCUGUAUGGACUUGUAUGGUAAACAGAAGUGGACUUACAAAAGUUCAAAAUGCAAGUACCCUUGGGGAAUUUGUUUCACGCCAAAGUCAAACCUUUUAAUUGCCGGAUUGGAAUCCAACAACAUUGCUGUUGUAAGUAAAGAUGGCGAGUUGCUGGGUGAGCUGUUAAACGAAGACGACGGUAUUUCCGCACCAAAGGCUGUCAGCAUUGACAUAGCGAACAGUCGUCUUCUAGUCACAACAUCAAAGGGAAGUGUUCUGAAAGUCUUCGAAUUUGAAGAUUGUGAAAUAUGAGAUUUCUCACAAAAGUAAAGAGCUUUGGCAUGCUGUAUGCUUAGUGAGCAGUUUUGCAAUCCAUGAUUGUGUUAUGAGCCGUCAAAGCCUUUUUACCGCUACUUUUCUAGUGUAGUUAAAGGGGUGGCCAGUUUCACAGACUUUUUUUCAGAUUGAUUAAGAUAGAUUUUGUUUAUGUAUGUUCCAUUGCUUCUAUAAGUGUAAAUCAAUCUAGUCUACAACGACCAAAUUUAAAUCUAUAACAGUACUGUUAUCAAAAAUAUUUUGUGAUAAAUACACGUGGACAAUAAUGUUUACGUGAUCUCUUUCAGUUUUACAUGCACAUUUUUGUGGUCGCGUUUUCUAUUGUAAGAAUGUUAAUUAACUGAAUACCCAUUUGUAACACUUGAUGUUGCUUUUGUUUAAACAUGCUUAGUUUGCGGCUAUAUCCAUUCUGAAAAUGUGUU